AUGCCUUUGAUUUUACUAUCUGGUUUUCCAUCUAGUGGUAAGACUACCACGGCAGAAAGAUUAGUUACAUUAUUACAAGAACAAAUCGAUAAUACACCAGUAUUGCAACAGAAACAUUAUUCGAUAGUAUUACAUAGUGAUGAAUCUCUUGGGAUAACGCAUGAUGAUUAUAAAACAUCUCAAGAUGAAAGAAAAUUAAGAUCAAGGAUUACCUCUGCUGUAAGAAGAGAUUUAAGUAAAAAUAAAAUCGUUAUUGUAGAUUCAUUAAAUUAUAUUAAAGGUUUUAGAUAUCAAUUGCAUUGUGAAGUGAAAAAUAUUGGAACUUCAUUUUGUUUAAUACAAACUAUGUGUCCCGUAGAGACGGUUAAAGAAUGGAAUAUAAAGAAUAAUUCGCCUUGGGAUGAAUCUUUAUUAAUUGAAUUAAUUCAAAGAUAUGAGGAACCUAAUUCUCAAAAUCGUUGGGAUUCUCCUUUAUUCCCAAUUUUUACUCCAACUGAUAAAAUAGAUACAUUAAUGCCCGAAAUCUCUACAAUUAUCUUUCAAUUAUCUAAAAAUGGUAGUACUACAUCACUUAAUGAUGGUGCUUCGAAUGAUAGUACAGUAACUGGUCUAGCAAGACCUACUAGUGCUACAGUUUUAAAACCUGCACAAAAAUCAAAUUAUUUACAAAUUUUAGACAAUGAAACAACACAAGUUGUGAAAUUGAUCAUGGACACAAUUAAGUCAAAUGAAUCGAUUGGUGCAUCAUCACAAGGGGUUAGACUAUUAGUAAAUGGAACAGAUAUUGAUGAGCCUGGUUGCUAUUAUAUUGAUCUACCAUUAUAUAGUUUAACAUUACCAAAGUUACAAAGAUUAAAAAGACAAUUUGUUAUGUUGUACAAAUUAAGAAGCCUGGAGACAGAAAGAAUCGUUCCUUUAUUUACUGAUUAUUUGAAUAAACAAUUUAACGAAUAA